CUGGAAGUUGACUCACGCACAUAGGCUGGUUUUUGGUCAAUCCCAUGAUCUGAGACAUAACAAGAUGUUAAUAUUUUUUGAUAGAAGUACUCUUCCGUUUAAAGAUGGCGUUGUUAGCAUUAUGUGAAUCAUAAGAACAAGAUCUUUGCCUCUAACAGAUCCUUCUCGCCUGUGAACUGAAUAUAAGCAGAUGGAGUAUCGCAUUGAGAAUACUUGGGACAGUUUAUCUGUUAACCAUGAUCCAGUAAAGAUUAGAUUUUCCCCUGGUGAAGGCGGCUUACGGAUGGAAGUUUCAGCUCCCUUCUUCAACGAUCCUCCAGCUCCACCUGGUCCCUCUGGGCAACCUUUCCCUGGACUGUGGGAUUAUGAAGUGGUGGAAUCAUUCUUCUUGAACAGCUCCAAUGAGAAGUACCUCGAGGUGGAAGUGUGCCCACAUGGCCAGCACUUGAUACUCCUGUUGUCUGGGAAACACAAUGCUUUUCAGCAAGCACUGCCUCUGGCAUUCAGUGCCACAAUCGAUGGAGACAGAUGGAGCGGUGAAGCACUCCUGCCUUGGAGAUAUUUCCCACCAGGUGUAGACAAGAUGAACUCCUACGCCAUCCAUGGGGCAGGGGGCUCUAGGAUCUAUGAGGCUUUGUACCCAGUACCCAAGGCAGAUCUUGUGGAGGGCCAAGGACCAGACUUCCACCGACUUGAAUACUUCCAGUCCUUCAGCCUGCAGAGUAUCAUGGGUGACGAAUGGGUACAGCCUGAAUCUGACCUUUGGCAAGGAAAACGCUGACUGAUUGAGUCCUGAAGCUACAGUCACAAGUUCAAAGGGCUAAUUCCUUAUUACAGUAUUGAUAACUGUGUUAUCAAUAUAAUGAGAAUAUAAACUGUUUAUUAUAGCUUGUAAAUUUAUAUUGCAUUAAUGGUAUGUCAGAGAAAAAUAUUACCCAAUGUUUUAAUCAGAUAAAUACACUUUACUAUACAACAUACACAGUAACAUAAAUAUGCAGUGGUGAUAAGUAAAGAUUUAAUCGGUGGAACAGGAUUACUGCAAGUGGCUGACAAAAUUGCAGCUCUUAAGUAAUUAACACAUUUAAUGCAUAUGUUGCUGUUCCAACCAUUUUGAAAGAUGUUUUCCCUCUGUGUUUCUUGUAAAAAAAAGUUCUUUGUAUGUGCAUGUUAAAUCAGGGAUAUCACUACCAAUCAUAAAAUAACAAGUGUAAUUCUAUAAUUUAUUUAAAUAUGUCUACCAUCUGUCUUUGGAAACAAUCUGGUAAAUUGUACAAAAAUCUGAGAAUUGCAUUUAGACAUGAACAGUAAAAAAAAAACACCUGGAAACAGAUGCAGUUUUAGUAUAGCAUAUGCUCUGUCAAACUGUCAAAAAGGACCACUCAGUUUGUACAGCACUUCUGCCCAUCUGAUGACACCUGUCCAAAGUACAGUGCUUGAUGAUCAGAGUGGUGCCAUUUGGAACACCUACCAUAAAAUAAUGACAUGUAAUCAUAUGCAAUUACAAUGCACAGUGUGCGCAAUGUGCAGUCAACCCAUAAGAGCUUUAGUCCAUAUAUUUGUGUACAGAAAAGAAAAUAACCAAUUUUGCUACUCUAUUUAAGUUAUGUCCAACUUUCCCUCAGUAGUAACUCUUAUCUCUCUUUUCCCUGUCUUUUUACCUCCAAAUGGACCCAGGCACAUUCCUAUGUGUAUUUAGUUUUUAUUCCAAUCUCUUCUCAGCCUUAUGAAGACCCCAGUCCUUACCAUGCUCUUGCUACUGCAUCAGAAAUAAAGAAGAAAAAAAAACACUUUGCUCAUCCGA